UUAAUGAAUGAUAAUAAAUGAAAUAAUAUUGUACAAUACAUAGAUAUAUACAUAUGGUGUAUAUAAGAGAAACAGUCCGUCGAACUAAUAGUUAUUGUACUAAUUAUGAGCAAUGUUUUCAUUCCAGGCUUCAUGAGGGCCGUCGCCAUGUUGGGCUCUGGUAAUUUAGCUCCACUAUCAUUCCCAACAGGACUUGUCCAAUUAAUUAAACAUCACUGAAGAUAUACAGCAGUUAUUAAAAAGAGAAUUUGUGCAGUUAUCUGUGGGUAAAUGCAACAACAGCCUAUUAGAAAUUUCUUUUAGGACUUUUUUGUUGAUUGGAACCCUCUGAACUUUUGAUAAUAUGGAUGGUAUUAUAGUUGUUUUAUCAAUUUUCUAAGUGUACUGUAUCUUAAAAUAAUCAGGAGCCCAUAUUGUAUUUACAUCAAAACAGGUUCCCCCUUCUCUACCCAUUCUUCCUGUCCAUACCAGUCAUUGGAAAAAUCCCCUCAUAAUAAGAUUUGAAUGUAAGUAAUGGAGGAACAGUUACAAAAAAGGGGGAACUUUUGCUCGAAAAAAUAUGUAAAUUUUGAAAAAUUCUCUCCAUUACCACAAUCAACUUGAACAAAUACACCUUUUAAGUUAGGAUAAAUGGAAGAACUUUAAAAGAUGGCUGUGUCAAGAAUGAGAACCGGCCUUAUUUUAGUCGUUUCACAGCCUCUCUUUGUGGAUGUUGACGUAUAGGAGCUUUACGUUGAGCUGUACGCUGCUAUUUCAGUCGGGGAGCCAGAGGAGACGACAUGGCGGCCCCUGUAAAGCUCAACUAAUCUGCUGCUGGACAUCUGCUGGAUCCUCAGGGAUCACACAACCAGCAGCAGAGCAGGAGGACCGGGCCCCUGUGUAAACCUGUCACACACAGGUGUUCAUUUAGCAGUGGCCUGCUUGUCAUGUUAGCAGUUUUUCAGGAUCACAUUUAGACACUUACAUACACAGUGGGAGCUGACUGGUUAACACAUCAGGACUCUUUUGUCCUAUUUUUAACUUGGGAUUUGGUCCCUCUGGUCUCAUAUGAUUCUUACUUGAUUGAGUCUAAAGAUUAUGUGGUUGUUGUGCAUGUGGUUUUACAGUAAAAUGGAAAAGGAUCUGAUGCAAUAUGGUAGGUUACAAAACAUGCGGGACCAGUUACGCAAUGAGAUUUCGAUAUGGAAGAGGAAUAAGACAAAUAAGUAUGCAGAAUAAUAAUAUAUACCUUCAAUGCUAUUGCAUUACAGACACAUAACCAGGCAAGAGCAAAGUCAAAAACAAUUUAAACCAAGCAGAUGAAAGUCUUUGAAAGUCAAUAAGUCUAAUAACAGAAAACAAGACCACAGCAUUAAAAAAAAAUCGUCCCAGGAAACAAUUACAAAACUGUUUCCUCAUAAAAGAAGAUUUAGAGCCUGGCAGAGACCCCUGCUGUCACCUGGUUGCCCAGUUUUCCUGCAGCAUUUUAUGGGACCAUCAUCUCGUAUUUCUCAGACAAAGCAGCAGUGGAGGAAAAAAUAGACCCGAUUGAUUUUGCUUUCCACGAACCAAUGGACGGUGACCUCGUUGGCUGCAUGGGUCCACAGCCUAAGCCCCAGAUGCUUAUGGGAUCUUGAAUGCGAGAUUCCCGCCAAACACGCCAAAGACCUGGCUUAGCUCACACAAUAGCACACGUAACAUGGCUAUAUUUAAGAGCAGCAGGCCAGGUGUCGUCCAACACGCCCCCUCGCUGUGUCUCAGCAGCCAGGACUGCCAGGCAUCUGAAAAGAGGACACACCUAAAUAUAAAAACUCUCUGAGCUGUUAGCAAAGUUUGAACCCAUCAGCGAGUGCUGCUAACAUACCUCACAGGUGAGAAUUUUUGGGUUUAUCUGCAAAGACAUUCAGGUAUUUGAUUUAUUAGAUAAAAGAUCUGGCUGGAUGCUGGCCAGAUCAGGAUUUUUGUGGCGGGGGGGGGGUCUGCUGAAGUGAAUUUGUUUUCCAGGAUUUGUGCAUUUUUUUCUGUCUGCAAACGGUGGACAUAAUAACAUGAACACAACAUGGUCUGCAAUCUAAUGUUUGUUUUGUUGUCAUUCAUCAUUCUGUGUUUUUUAUUCAUUUAUUUUGCACUGGCAUGUAAUUGAUGUUUUCUUGGUGUGUUUUUAGUGAAUCAAACAUCCAUUACUUUUUACGUAAUGCUUUAUCUUAAGAGUCUGUAAUUCUGGAACAAUUACCUGAUUAGUUUCUGUGGAAUUUGCUAUUAAUUACUGGAAAAACAGAGUUUCCUGCAAAGUUAAAAGCCAAGAAAAGGUUCAUUCAUUAGUUAUUAAUAACUUCAAACUGUAUUCUUGACCUAUCGGCUUGACUGUGGACAAAUUUCACAUAUUUACACACUCAGCUGACCUGCUGCGCUGUGACUAUACUCUCUGGGCUACACUAGGAUUUAAUUGGAAUUCAUGAAUUGGAAGUGGACAAGUUCAACACAGUCUCCAUUUUCAUCAAUUAUGUCAGAAUGAUGCUGUUUUCAGUUCUAGUGAAUAGUUUAGUAAGUAAUUGAUAUUACACUGUCAUUUAAUAUAAACAGUAAACUUAAUGUGGUGUUAAUGUGACAUAUAUGGCAGAGUCUGCUUGUUUGAAUCUGGUAAUCUUAAUUUUAGACGAAAGACAAAAAUGAAAGUGGAACAUUUUGCAGCUAAUGAGUGAGAUGUUUUCAAGAGUUAGUGGGUGGAGACCUAAACAGAAUACAAUUCUGUUUCUGCUGCUGUAAGCUAACAUGUUAGCUAACACAAGUUGUGUUGUCUGCUGCCCCCAAGUGGCUGAAAAUGAAUUAAUGUAACUUUAAGAGUAGAUGAUUUCUCGUUAAUGUGCUCAGAAAUGCAUGACCACCGGUUUGGUCUUUGAAAUUCAAAAUUAAAGUCUUGAAUUUUGGAAAUACGGACUGUCAUCCAGCUGUUUAUGAACUAACUGGAAUCAUUUACUUUCCUGCAAAGUGAUGAACACUUAUGAAGAAUAUGGUGAAGAGGAGCUCAAUGACUAUAUCAUCCAGCUGAGUAUUCAAGACUCCUGCCAGGAUGCCUUUCUAAAAUCUGCAGCCAGUUUAGCAGCAGUGACGGAUGAAAACCUGAGAGUCCUGGCCGCCAUCGAGCAAGGUGAAGUGUUGGUGCUCAGGGAGAUGCUGUGUCACACCUUCGCCUUCGGGGAGUCGGACAGUCGCGGCUGGCUUCCCCUCCAUCGAGCUGCAUCGCAGCCGGUCCUGGAGGUUCUGGAGACUGUCCUGAGAUUGGCGGCUCAGGGGCUCAGCCUGGAGGAGAGGACGGCCGUGGGGGGAGAGACACCGCUGACACUGGCUGUUAAAGCCGGACUGGUGGAGAACGUGAAGAGCCUGCUGGUGCACGGAGCCUCGCCUCACAACACCAACAGCAAGAACGAGUCGCCGCUGCUGCUGGCGGUGAGGGCCGGCUCUUACGAGAUGACGUCUGCUCUGGUGGCUCACGGCGCCUGGGUGGAGCAGGUGUGCCGGAAGAGGUGGACGGCCAUGCACGAGGUGGCCAAAGUCGGCAGCGUGGAUAUCCUGAUGCUCCUGCUCAGGAACGGUGGCCGGAUAAACCAGAAGGACGUGACGGGAGUGACGCCACUCGCCGUGGCGGCAGAGCAUGGACACUUCCACAUCGCUGAGAUUUUGCUGAACUGUGGUAGCAGAGUGAACUCUCAGGCCUGUAACGGGGAAAGCGUCCUGCUGGAUGCGGCCGGAUCAGGAAACACUGACUGUAUUAAACUGCUGCUGAACAAUGGAGCCAACCCCAACCUCCCCAGCAUCACCGGACACCUGCCCAUCCACAAGGCCGCGUACGCCGGACACUAUGAUGCUUUGAAGAUGCUGAUACCUCUGACCGAUAGGAAGGCCAUUAAGGAGGCAGGUCAGAGCCCAGUGCACUCUGCAGCGGAGGGAGGUCAGAGCUGCUGCCUGCAGCUGCUGCUCGCCUGCGGCUUCGACGUCAACUCCUGCAUGAACACCAGAAACUCUGAAAACUACCGGGACAUGAGGAGGAGCGCCUUGUACUUCGCUGUCUCCAACGGGGACGAGGUCUGCACCAAAAUACUGCUGGAGGCCGGAGCGAAAACAAACCUGGACCCGCUGCUCUGCCUCCUGGUGGCGGUCCGGUCCGGGCGUUAUGAGAUAGUGAAGCUGCUGCUGGCGGCCAGAGCAGAUGUGAACUGUUACUUCACGGUGGUGAGCGACACGGUGUUUCCCACAGCGCUGCAGUACUGCCUGAAGGACGAGGUGAUGAUGAGGCUGCUGCUCAACAACGGCUACGAGGUGGAGAGCUGCUUCCACUGUCACCAUGACAAAGCUUUCGAUGCUACGGAUGAUGUGGAUGGAAAAAUCCCAUUCUGCGAGUUCAUGAGUCUCUGCUGCCUCAAGCAUCUGUCCGGGAGCGUGGUCCAGAUUCUGCUGGACUACGUCAACCACAUCCACAUCUGCUCCAAACUCAGACUGAUCCUGGAGAAACAGAAAGAGUGGCCCGAUAUAUGUGAAAUCCUCAGCAGCCCUCGCUCCCUCAGGCACCUCUGCAGGCUGAACAUCAGGAGCCGUUUGACCUUGAAGAGACUCAACAACCAUGAAAUCAUGAACUCGCACGUGUUCCCUCCCAGACUGAAGAACUUCAUACUGUACCAGGAGCUCGACCUCUACAACCGGGACCCUGAACGCAUCAUGUGAAGAGUCCUGCGUGUUUUUAAGGAAUGUAACUAUUUUAAAAUCUUUGCAAUCUCUAUUUCUAUUAAACAUAUCAAUAUUUUUAAAGUACAAUUUAUAAUAGAUUGUGUUUUUACAGAAAAUGUAAAUAUUAGAUACAUAAUAGGUGCUUUUUUUUAAAUAACAUUUCAACCCAUCUACUGCAUGUCAAGUGUACUUUACAGUUUUUUCCUCCAUAUUCAUUGAUUCUGAAUCGAUUCUUAAUUUAACAGCAAUUAAAACGAUUCCAAUUCCACUUGCAAUUGUUUUUGAAAUAUCAACAUUUAAUGCAAGAAGCUCUAAAAUCACCAUUUUACAUAUUACAAGACAAAACCAACUCUGAGCCGCAGAGCUCCACUCUUCAUAAAAACUAUCAAAAACACGUAAUUGAGCCGAACUGUUGUAACAGGCGACAUGUUUCUUCAUCACCAUGAACACGCACUAAAGCACCAAAUGUGGAUUAAUCCGCCGCUAAAAAUAGUCCCAGACGAAUGUACUAUUUCAUCAUGUUUGAGCAACUGUUGCUAAAAACUACAGGGACAGACUGUGUUAUGAAAUAACUUUACAUUUGUGAUGCGUUUUAAAAGUUUGGUCGUCCAAUCGGCCUGGAAAACUUUAGUUUUCCUCUCCAUAUGUAUGAAUGUAAAUCCUUUUAGUUUCAGUGCUGAUCGCCUUAUUGAUUGUUGAGUAUUGUUCACCUGAUGCAUCUCAUGUCAAUGGAGGUUCAACGCUCGUGUGAUCUGACGACUCAUCUGCAAUAACUGCAUUAAAUGUGAAGCUUCA